UUAGGUGGUCAUGCAAAACCGUUUCCAGCUGCCGGUAGCCAGUCUAUAAAACAUGAUGCCACAUGAAGAGAGCCAGGUCCCUUCCUUCAACUUCAGAGGCAGAACGAUGGAGCAGCCGGGGAGAUUCUGCUUCCUCCUCUUUGCCCUUUUGUCUGCCCACGUGGACACGGGCGGCAGCCUCCGCAGCAAGAUCGUCGGGGGUGGUGAAUCGAAGCCACAUACAAGGACGUACGUGGCAGCUCUGAAAGGAGGCAGAGGUUUCAUGUGCGGGGGAUUCCUCGUGGCCCCUCAGUGGGUCCUGACUGCAGCCCACUGCAAUGGAGAUAUCUCCGUCAUUCUGGGGGCUCAUGACCUGAAGGCCGUCGAAAGCACCCAGCAGGUGUUUGGAGUCAAAAGUUACCAUCAGCAUCCGGAUUAUAUGGUGGUUGCUGGAACCCCCUUCAACGACAUCCUUCUGUUAAAGCUCGACCGUGAAGCCAAGAUCAACAAGUACGUCCAAGUCAUCCCAUUACCGGAAAACGAAAACGACCUCCUCAAAGACACAGAAUGUUUUGUGGCUGGAUGGGGCCGCAUUGAUGCGAGAUACGAAGCCAGCUCCAAACUUUUUGAGACCAAUGUCACCGCCCUUGGCCGCCGGAAGUGCCUCCAGUUCAUUCCGGAACUCACUGACAGGAUGGUGUGCGCCGGCAGCCGGGCCAAGCUCUGCGACGUCAGCAACGGGGAUUCCGGGAGUGCCCUGGUCUGCAGUGGAGUGGCCCAUGGAAUCGUCUCCUAUGGCUUCCAAAUCCCGCCAUCAAUUUACACGCGUGUCGCCGCCUAUCUCCCUUGGAUCAAAGAGACAAUGAAGGAAGACACUAUCAGAUUGCCGUUUUCGCAAGGUUUUGCCACAUGGCCGCCAUCUCAGCUGAGAUCCAUCUAUCAGAUCUCAGGUCUAGACUGUGGCUUCCUGCAGGUGGUGGAGUCCAGUGGAUGGGGGGUGAUAAAAGCCGGGGGAAGGAAGGACUGGGCAGCUGAGUGCCAGGCAACCUCAAGCAUCGAGAUGAUGUGGAGACUCCACCAGCCUCUUCUGCUGCUCCUGUCCUUCUCCUUGGCCCAAACAGAUCCAUUGCGGAGUCAGAUUGUUGGGGGGCACGAAGCCAAGCCCCACUCCAGACCCUACAUGGCUGCCUUGAAGGACAGCACAGGCAAUUUCACCUGUGGCGGGUUCCUCGUGAGGCCCCAGUGGGUCAUGACGGCUGCACACUGCAAAAAACACGGUAUUUCUAGAGUCGUCUUGGGUGCCCAUGAUAUCUACGCUUCAGAGGACUCUCAGCAAGAGAUCAGAGUUGCAGCUUCCCACCCACAUCCAGAAUAUAAUAAGGUCACGUACUCAAACGACAUCCUUCUGCUUAAGCUGGAUUCCGAGGCUGCUCUGAAUAAAGACGUGGCUCUCCUGCCCUUGCCAGAAUCCAGCAGCGACAUCCCCGGUGGGACGCCCUGCAGCGUGGCAGGCUGGGGCAAGAUUGAAGACAGCCAAUACCCAGAGAAACUCUAUGAGGCCACCGUCACCCUCUAUGACCGUAAGAAGUGCCAGGAGUUCAUGCCAGAUAUGGAUGAUGGAAUGAUCUGCGCAGGUGAAAACAGGCAACCUCAGGAUGCCAACGAGGGGGAUUCAGGUGGCCCCUUGGUGUGUGACGGCGUGGCACAAGGAAUUGUCUCCUUUGGCGGCUCUUUCUCUCCUCCAGGAAUUUACACUCGUGUCACCCACUACCUUUCCUGGAUCAAGGAAGUCCUGGAAUUGUGAAGAGAAGAAGCAGCAGCAGUGGCAUCAUUGCUUCUUCUUUUUCAAACGCUUUUGCUUCCUGUCUUGCCUGCUAGGCUUGCAUUCUGCAAAGAGACCCUUCAAGGGCUGCAAAGGAAUAUGAUACAUCUACCAGAUGUUUAGUACAGGAUUGUGUUUUCACAAGUGCCUGCAGUGGCUCCCACCCACUUCAAGAAAAUCCCUCAGCCUCCUCCCAUAUUCUUCCCACCCUUAUUUCCCAUCAUACCUCUUCCGGUGACCUCUGCUGUUCCACUUCUCCCAUCCUCAGGUGCCCAGAGGACUUUCCUCUCCCUUAAAACUAUUCUGCCCCUUCUCCCUCCCUAAUCUGGAAAAAUGGGCCUUGUGAUUCUGCUCCCUUCUCCCUCCAGCAAUUUCCUGUAAGUGGCAAUCUUCAUAUCAAGAGCCAUCUUUGCAUUCAGCAGGUCUUGGUACUUGGGCAGAUGGGGAGCCAUUUCUCCCUCUCAGAGCUCCAUAGAUCUCCAGUUCCCUCAAGUGCCUUGUCCCAUUCUCCCUUGCUUCCCCUUGUGCACGGAUGGGGACCUGUGGCCCACAUAAGGCUGUUGAUCUGGAACUCGCAUCAUCCCUGGCUUUUGGUCAUGUUGGCUAGGGCUGAUGGGAGGUGGAGUCCAGCAACAUCUGGAUGGCCAAAAGGUUGCCUAUGCCUCACCUUAGAUGAUUCCACUCCCUCCCUCCCUACAUUCUCUUGCUUAAGCCUGGAGAUCUGACCCAGACCCCCAUAAAUCUGCCAUUUGAGCCUUGCACUCCAGGACAGGUUCAUGUUAAGCCACUCAAGGUUGUGAACUGUGGGACUUUGUUGUCUCAUUCAGCUGAGGUGGUGGGGUGUGUCAUUUUAUUUCAGCCCUAGAAGAUUUCCUUGAUGCCCCCAAAAGACCUUCCUCACCUCUAGGAUUCCUAGACACUUUUACAAAAGACCUUGGCACCCACAACAUCUUAAAAUGGGGGUUCACAGUUACCAUUUCACACACCAAGCCACUUAAGGGUACAUGUGAUGUAUUGUAGAAAUUUAGUUCAGCUAAGCUGUAGCUGUAAACUUCUCUGAAUUUUGCCGCAUAGGUCUCCAGCCAAGUAAUUGUGCACAAGUGACGUGUGUCUGUUAAUGCAUGUAAUACUGAAAACAAACAUACCAAACUGCAUUAUUUUAGGGGAAAUUGCUUUGCCAAUAUGUGCAUAUUUUGCAAAAUCGCAUGUGGAAUAUAUCAUGAGCAACUUGAAUUAAAAUGCUGAACAUU